UUGUAACUGGUGUCUUGUAGCUUGUUACUAUAAUAGUAAGUUACGUUAAUGUCGUAACGAUAUUAAACAGACCAGUUAAAUUUCAGAAAUACCGUAUCAAGUGUCGGUAAAUAUCAAACAAGACAGACAUAACAUGGAAAAACAACCAGUUACAGAUUCCAAACCUCCAGACUACUCGGAUGUUGUAGGUGACACCCCAUACCAGUACCCCAUGGGGGCGUACCCACAAUACCCAGCCCAGGCACCGCCAGGUAGCGGACCACCACAGUAUGCGCAGCAAGGACCAGUCCCUGGGUACACCCAGCCACCACAACCCUAUAUGUCUGGCUACACAACGCACUUUGGUCCAAAUAGCGCUGUUGUCGUUCAGCAGCCCAUGUUGGCUCCGGGUGGGGUCCCAAUGGCUGCACCUCAAGAUUACAUGUGUGCAGCCAUCUUUGUGACACUGUGCUGUUUCUGGCCAACCGGAAUCAUAGCCAUCAUGAAAGCCAAUGAUUCGAGAGUUGCCAUGGCUCGAAAUGACGUGAUGUCAGCGCAUUCUUCGGCGAAAUCGGCAAAGACAAUGAUCAACAUCAGCAUCAUCGUUGGCAUCAUUGCCAUCAUCCUUACUGCAGUAAUCAUUGGUCUGUACAUCGGCCUUGUUUUGUCCAACUUAAACAGUCAUUAUGACUGAGGAGCAACCAAAUAAGAAUGUUGUUGAUAGAGUUAGGUUUAUUUCGGGCAUCAGAAUACGUAUUGUGCCUGGUAACCCAAAUUCAGCCAUCCAUAAAAUAUGCUGGGCUCACACUGGAAAUAAAUUUGUUCAAAUAGCCAAUUUAAUGUGUAGAGUAGUUCUUUGAAAAUUUUUUACAAAAUGGCUAAUUUAAACCAAAUUUUGUAAGUCAUAUACCAUACUAAAUGUUGUAGUCACUUUGUAUAAACAUUAUCUUUUGGGUAAUAUGGCUAUCGUCAGGGUGAGUCCUGAAUAUAGACUUGAUGACCUAUAGAAUACCACAAAAUACCUGUAUCAAGUGUAUACUUUCCAUUAUUUUGACUAAAAACUUAUUUCACACACACAAUGUGAAAAAAAAAAAUCCAAACCCUCCAGAAUGUUAAACCAAUUUCAGGUGAUAUAUUAAUAAGUUUUUUUAGUGUCUUAAACAUUUGUUACUAUUCCAGUGAAAUUACACUAGACAGUUCGAAAUGCAAUAAUUCUUUUUCAAAUAUAAAAAUGGUUUCACUUUUACAUAAUGUAAUGUAUGUACCGUUAUUCUAAUGAUUUUCCUAAAAGUUGUGUUAUUUUUAUUUUGGACAAUUUGCCUCAUAUUUGUAUAUCAGACCUAACGGAUGUUUUUUGAUCUUGUUGUUAAUAUCUUAACCAGUUGUAUGCACAGGAAUCUCCCUGUUGUUAUUAUAUUUUAACCUUUAAAAAAAAAAAAAAAAAUAUUUUCCUAAAAUUACCUCCUGAUUGAAAUGUAGUAUUGUUAACCAGAAAAACAUUUUAAAUACCAUUUUACACAAUAUUUUACUAUGGAGUAUCCAAAGAUGACAAUCUGAUUAAAAUUAGCUCUACUGGGUCUACCAGUAGAUCUAACAGCAUUGCCUGAACUCCCC